AUGACCCGGGUCUUCUUUCUAAUGUUAUAUCGCCUGUUGCACUUCAUUCGAGAACCCGAAAUAACACUUGGCGGGUCACAGUGUAGGGCGUCGACGGAAUUCCUGCUCGCCGGAAAGCUGAAGAGGUAG